AUGGAACUCGGUGGUGGAAAAGAAAGAUACGUUAUGAACUUUCUCUGUAAAUCAAAAAUAGAACUCAGUUCAAUCCACGUACGUGUUGGACUGGGCGAUAUCGUCAUUAUUGGCGCACCAAUAGUAAACAGUCAUUCAAAAUACUUUCUAAGCAAGCCAAAUAGUGAGACUACGGUACUUAAUUUAAAUAUAAGUCAUGCUAUAUUUCACGAUAACCAAAUACCUAACGACGCAUACAAUAACAUCGUAAUUAAGUAUUUCAAGGGAAACUUAAAGGCUAUAAUAACUCCAGUAAAUAAGUACAAAAUAUUCAAUCUUAAUUAUGGCAGUAAUUGUUAUGACACCUUAGACAUAUUCAGAAAUAAAGAGAAGAGCUUAGUCGGGAAUGAUUUUAUGAUAGGUCCUUUAGUUGAAGAGGAUCAUGGUAACUGGGUAUUAAGUGUAUAUAACAAAGGAUAUGAUGGAGAGUUGAUUGAACUCUUUCAAGUUAUUACAAUAGAAAUAACAGAAUCUAUUCCUAUAUAUCCAGAAAAGCCAAAAUUAGAAGAGGGUAAAGAUUUCGAACUCCGUUUUGCAUACCCGGUAAGAAAUCUAGAAAGCUGUGAAAUUACUGCGCCGAGGACAGCGUUCGAUAGAUUUUACGAUAGAGACAAAAAUAAUUUAAAUUAUUGUGGCUUUCGUAUACCAAACGUAACGAAAGCAGAUGAAGGACUUUGGAGGAUAAUUGGUGUUGGAAAUAUAGUGUAUGAAGCAAAUGUGUAUUUAGAGAUAAGUAAAAAUCCUUCAUAAAAAUAACGUAUUUUAAAUUUUCUUUUAAAUAUUAACUAGUCUUGUAGUUUUUGUUAGCUCACGAAAUAUAUUUAUGGAAACUUUUUUUUUA